AAUACUGUCGAAGCAAAACCCCAAGUCCCAGGUACGACCAACGUCCACAGUCCGUCCACUUCAUUGUGACCCGAGCCGGAUGCCGUAAUCUUUAUCGCCGCCGGUCUAAGCCGUCAAUAGUUAAUUGACGAGAUAUAGCUAUUACUCGACUGUUUAUAAGGACUAGGGUUUACCUUUCAAAGAAUUUGCAAAUGCAGAGCAUCAACCCAUGUUUUAGCGACGUUAAUUCACUAUCCGCUAAUUACUUUUCUCUACAACGUGGAUUACGCGUAUCAGGCAGACAUGCACGUAGCCUCCAGUUAUGGCAUGUACCAUAUGAUAGAAAAAGAUUUUCCCUCAAGACCACGAAUUCAGAACUUUACAAACUACAUUUUGUAAAUUUAGCAAAACCUUUUCAUUCAAGUGAAUGCCACAAUUCACCAAUGUCCAUAUACAAUCAGCCCAAAAGAAGCCAUAUGAGAAUCCAUUCAGCAUCUGCAGAGUCUCUAAGCCACGAACUUAUCGAGCAAACUUCUGAACACGAGUUUGAAGUUAGUUCAUAUAAUCCUGAGAAAUCACAACCAAAACCCAAAUAUGAAAACAGAUUCCUUAUUUUUGCACGCGUAGGUUCAGUCAUCAAUAAUGCUGCUGAAUCAUUUUUCAAGAGUGAGAUAAGAAGGAGAUUAUUUGUUACUGCUGCAUUACUUGUGAUUAGUCGUGUAGGAUAUUUUAUUCCUCUUCCUGGUUUUGAUAGAAGAUUAGUACCAGAGAAUUACCUUAGUUUUGUCUCGGGUUCAGUUGAGGAGCUUGGUGAGCUGGCACCAGAACUUAAGCUUUCCCUAUUCCAACUUGGAAUCAGUCCCCAAAUUGCAGCAUCUAUUGUUAUGCAGGUACUUUGCUAUGUUCUUCCUUCAUUGAUCAAGCUAAGGAAAGAAGGGUUGGAUGCUAAUGAGAAAAUAAAGGGUUAUAUAUGGUGGAUGUCGCUUGGGUUUGCAAUAGUAGAGGCACUGAUCAUUUCUUAUUUUUCACUUUCGUAUUCGAUUUAUGCAGCAAAUGCAAGUCAAAGAUUGAAGCACAUCAUGUUGACAACAAUUUUGUUGGUUUCUGGUGCAAUGACUACAACAUGGAUCUGUGACAAAAUAUCAGACUCUGGUUUUGGUCAUGGAUCAUCUUUGCUGAUAUGUGUGAAUAUCUUGAAUGGCUACAUAGAGACAUUACAUAAAAUGUUGUCUCAGCUCUCAGGUGGCAGUGGAUGGUGGCAAUAUAUAUUUGGAGUGUCGGGUGUGUUUGUUGUUGUGACUAUGUGGGCGGUUGUUGUAACUCAGGGUUGCAGAAAAAUCAAGCUGCAAUACUAUGGCUUCAAACUUGCAUCUUCCACAAGAGAAGAUUCCCCAGUUACAGAGGUGGAGCAAUAUAUUCCAUUCAAUAUUAAUCCAUCUGGAAUGCAACCUGUCCUCACUACCAGCUACCUAUUAGGCUUUCCUGCAAUUGUUGCCAGCUUUUUUAGUUCAAGAUUUUGGAGAAAUGUGAGAGAGAUUCUAAAUCCUGAAUCAUCUCUUGGAGCAGCACCAUGGGUGUACUAUACAAUCUAUGCAUUCUUUGUUUUCCUUUUCAACAUAUUUGAUAUUGCCAACAUGCCAAAGGAAAUUGCAGAGUACUUGAAUAAAAUGGGGGCAAGGAUACCAAAUAUAAAGCCUGGAAAGGCGACUGUUGAAUAUUUGACCAAGAUUCAAGCUUCAACCCGUUUCUGGGGUGGUUUGCUGUUGAGUAUAUUGGCGACAUCAUCAACAAUUCUUGAUCAUUAUCUGCGAAAAACAAACGAAGGAUUUUCGAUAGGGUUUACAUCUGUUCUAAUCAUCGUGGGUUCAAUCAUCGAACUAAAAAGAUCUUAUGAAGCCUACAAUGUCAUGCCAAGUUUAACCAAAGCCUUAAAGCGAUACGGUGUAUGAUACACACAUAGAUUGAUCCAUAUUCUACCAAUCUAAACACACAAAAAGGGAAGCAGCAUGCAUAUUGUCUUAUUGACUUAUUUCCUUAUUGCAUGAUGGAUGAUGAUGUGUUGCAACAAAGGGCUCCACUCUGAGCAGACAAUAAAAAAAAAAAAAACAAAGUUUCACGUCUGGGAUAUGAACCAUUUGUGGGGGCAAACAUACUCUCUGGUUAUAUUAUAUGGUGGUAUAUGUUUUGUUGUCCCAGAGCCUCGUCGGGUCAUCAAUAUUAUUAUUAUUUUUUUAAAUGUUUUGGGGAAAGUUUUGAUUAUAUGAUUUUCUUGUGUAUAAAUGAAAUUCUUGUCAUAGGUAUGUAUGACCAUUUUGGAUCUA